AUGGCCUCGCCCAGCCCGGUUCGUGGGCUGCUGUUCGUGACCAUGCAGCCCAAGGAAACCUUGUCGCUCGAUCUCUUCCACGACUGGUACAACAAUGAACACGGACCUAAUCGAACCCGCCUGUCGUUCAUGCCCAACGGGUUUCGGUAUCGAGCAACAGACUUGCCAGGACCAAACGCCGGCACGCGCGCCGAUCCCGAGUUCCUGGCCAUCUACGAUGCCACCGACAUGCACCAGUUUACCCAACAACCGUACCAGUAUCUGCGAGCGCCACCAGGCAAGUCGCAGCGAGAAAUCGACGUCAUGGCCCAGAUCUGGGUGGAUCGGUUGACGCUCGAUUUUGUCGGCGAACAGGUCAACGACAAGACCUUCGUGAAACUCGAAGCACCAGAGCAUUUUCGCGAGAACGAAGAGGGCAAUGUCCUGACCACGCUCAGAUUGCUCCUCGCUCCCGAACAAGUCUCGAGCGUGGAGAACUGGAUCCAUACCUCUGUCCUCCCAAAGGUGCAAGACAUCCCGGGCUGGAGGAGGACAUCGUGGUUCAAGACGUCCUAUCUCGAAACUCGCGAAGACGGCAAGGUCGAUUUUGUCCUGAUCAACGAAUACACGCCGUCCACUGACCCCAAGACGUUACCCUCCCUGAUCGAAACUCUUCCCGGGGAGGUUUCGCAGAGCAAGGCACGCACAUACGAACUCUUCUACACCUUUGGCACCGCAGCACGCCACCUGGCAAUCGUGGCACCGUGGACGUCGCCGGACGGAGUUACCACCACGCUACCCAAGGUCUCACCAUACGGCUCAGCAAUAGAGUCGACCAUCACGACACGCGACGGCGCAGUCCUGCCCUUCCGGCUGGAAGGCAGCUCUGACCCCAACGCACCAAUGUUGGUGCUGGUCAACUCAGUCCUCACGACCUGGGGAAUUUGGGACAGCUUUCUCGUGCACUUCUUUUCUCGCCCGCAGAACCAACGAUACCGCGUCCUGCGGUUCCUGGCCCGCGGUAGGGUCACCCCGAGCGGGACGACCAGCCCCGUGACCGCGGACCUACAAGCUUCCGACGUCAUCCAGCUGCUUGACGGCCUGCGCGUCCCUCAAGCAGCCGGCCUGGUUGGCGUGUCCAUGGGCGGGGCCACCGCGUUGGCAACAGCCCUGCUCUACCCUUCGCGGAUCCAGGCCUUCAUCGCAUGCGACACAUCGGCCAAAUCGCCCGCGGGCAACAAAGACACCUGGGGUCAGCGGAUCGCUGUGGCGAAGAAAGAGGGCACGACGCUGCGCCUGGCCUCGCUGUUCGGCGACGAAUCCCCAAAUGCCAGCCCGCAGCCCGUCGUGGGCGAGCAGCUCGCCGAGAUGACAGUGCGGCGAUGGUUCGUGCCGCAGUCGUACGACAACCCAGACCUGGUCCCCGAAAUCGCGCGCGUCAAACGCAUGGUCUACACAAACUCGUUGCCCGAGUUCCAGCGCGGCGUCGAGACCCUGUUCAACUACGACUACACGCCUCUCCUGGCCGGGUACCAGGGCCGAGGCGGCUUCUUGGUCGGCGCCGGCGACGGCGUGCUGCCACAGGGCAUGGAGAAGCUGGCGAAAGAGCUGGGCUCGGCACAUGGCAAGACGGCCGCCUUCAAGCUCGUCGAGGGUGCCGGCCAUUUACCCAUGGUCGAGAAACCCGCCGAGGUGGCUGACUUUGUGGGAGACUUUUUGAACAAUACGUAA